UGCUUUUCGCGCUCACGUAACAAAUCUGCGACGGCUCCGGCGGCGGCGGUUUGUUUUGGUGGCUGAAUGGGAAUCUCUCCGCUACAUUUUGAAUUUUAGACACUUUAAGUUUAAUUGACAUGAUUCACGAGCUCUUACUGGCGCUGAGCGGAUACCCGGGGACGAUUUUUACAUGGAACAAACGAACGGGUUUACAGGUGUCCCAGGACCUGCCCUUCCUUCACCCCAGUGAGACCAGUGUCCUCAACAGACUCUGUAAACUGGGCUCAGACUAUAUACGCUUUACAGAGUUUAUAGAACAACACACGGGACAUGUUCAUCCACAAGAGCAUCACAGCAGCCAGCCCAGCCAGACCGGGCUUCAUGGGAUCUACCUGCGGGCUUUCUGCACGGGGCUGGACUCCAUGCUGCAGCCCUACAGGCAGGCCCUGCUGGACCUCGAACAGGAGUUCCUCGGAGAUCCACAUCUGACGAUAUCCCACGUUAACUACAAGCUUGAUCAGUUCCAGUUGCUGUUUCCAUCUGUGAUGGUGGUGGUCGAGACGAUAAAGUCACAGAAGAUCCACGGCUGCCAGAUCCUGGAGACGGUGUACAAGCACAGCUGUGGGGGGCUACCUCCGGUACGCAUGGCCUUGGAAAAGAUUUUGGCCGUGUGCCACGGUGUGAUGUACAAGCAGCUGGCAGCUUGGAUGCUGCACGGGCUGCUGCUGGACCAAAGCGAGGAGUUUUUUGUGAAGCAGGGUCCCAGUGCUGGAGGAGCUGCUGCCAACCAAGAGGAGGAAGAAGAAGACCUGGGACUCGGAGGCUUGAGCGGGAAGCAGCUCCGAGAAUUACAGGACCUGAGGCUCAUCGAGGAGGAGAACAUGCUGGCUCCAUCUCUGCAGCAGUUCUCCCUGCGCACAGAGAUGCUGCCUUCUUACAUCCCCAUCCGAGUGGCCGAGAAAAUCCUCUUUGUGGGAGAAUCUGUCCAGAUGUUUGAAAACCACAACCACAGCCCAUCCAGAGCUGGCUCUAUACUGAAACACCAGGAAGACAUGUUUGCUGCUGAGCUGCAUCGACUCAAACAGCAGACGCUUUUCAGCCUGGUGGAUUUUGAGAAUUUGAUCGAUCGCAUAAGGAGCACAGUGGCAGAGCACCUCUGGACACUAAUGGUGGAAGAGGCAGAUCUGCUUGAGCAGCUCAAGAUCAUUAAGGACUUCUACCUCCUGGGUCGCGGAGAGCUCUACCAGGUUUUUAUUGACCUGGCGCAGCACAUGCUGAAGACUCCUCCGACGGCUGUCACCGAGCACGAUGUAAACGUAGCCUUCCAGCAGGCAGCUCAUAAGGUGCUGCUGGACGAUGACAACCUCCUGCCUCUGCUGCACCUCACCGUGGACUACCAGGGCAAAGACGGCAAAGAUGCGUCACUCCCCAGAGAAGGAGCCACUCCUCCACAAGACACUUCCCCUCGCGAGGUUCCUCCCACAGGCUGGGCAGCCCUCGGUCUCACCUACAAGGUCCAGUGGCCGCUGCACAUCCUCUUCACUCCUGCUGUGCUGGAGAAGUACAAUGUUGUGUUCAGGUACCUGCUGAGCGUGCGGCGGGUGCAGUCACAGCUGCAGCACUGCUGGGCUCUGCAGAUGCAGAGGAAACACCUGAAGUCCAGCCAGACGGACGCUGUGAAGUGGAGGCUACGCAACCACAUGGCCUUCUUGAUCGACAACUUGCAGUAUUAUUUGCAGGUGGAUGUGCUGGAGUCUCAGUUCUCUCAGCUGCUUCAGCAGAUCAACUCCACCAGAGACUUCGAGAGCAUCCGACUGGCCCACGAUCAUUUCCUCAGUAACCUGCUGGCCCAGUCCUUCAUCCUCCUGAAGCCGGUGUUUCACUGCCUCAACGAGAUCCUCGAGCUGUGCCAUAACUUCUGCUCUCUGGUCAGUCAGACUGUGGUUUCACUGGAUGACAGGGGAACCGCUCAGCUCGAUCUGCUAGUCAAGGGCUUCAGACGCCAGUCAUCCCUCCUGUUCAAAAUUCUGUCGAGCGUUAGGAACCAUCAGAUAAACUCUGAUCUGGCUCAGCUGUUGCUGCGACUGGACUACAACAAAUACUACACCCAAGCUGGAGGCACACUGGGCAGUAUUUAAGAAGAGCGCACAGGAAGUUAUUUAACCUGCAGAAGAGACUCCCAUCAGUGUUCUCCACCGGCUUCACCCAAUCUUUGACUUUGAACAACCAAAUUACAAUGAUCACUUUCACUGUAGUAAUACUGAACUGAGCAGAUAGUUUGGGUUUCUUUUACAUGCAGAGAUGAUCAAACUGCUCUCAAGUUAACAUGAGAAGCAAGAAAAACAAACGUCGCUGUUUUUGUAGAGCUCACUACAUCAAAAAAGACAUUUACAUGUAAGAGAAAGUCUUGAGUGGAUCUAGUUCAGUGUGGCCCAAACAACCAAAGGAAAAGUCAGUUUGUUCCCUUUGUCGUUGAGAACAGUCUUUGUUUGAUAAAACUGUAGAAUUGAUGUAAAAGAUGAGAUUGUGACAUCACCUGGUUUCUGGAUUUGAAAUCACCACAUAUCAUAUGUAUCAUAUAUCUGAGCGAGCAAGGUCAUAUUUGUGAAAGCAGUAGGUAGCCCUGAACAGACGGGUAAAAAACCAAGUGCACAGCUUUUUAAACCAUCAGAUCUCUGUAAAUGCGUGUAGCCAUGGCGACACUUUGCUAUGCAUCUAUUCUAAUUGACAGAUUGGCAACUGCCAGUGUAGGAUGCUAAUCUUUAUGUUUAGCUUGGCCUAAAGCACAGACAUGGAUUCAAUGUGCAGCCUGUCAUCAAACUACGCUGGAUCUUUUUACAAUAUAUUCAGUUUUGGUGCUGUGCUCGUUAUACCAUCAUGGAGGCAGAGCUCACAGAAGCACUGCUGGAUGUAAUAUGGGCGAAUCCUCCCUUUGACUCUUGUAUAAACUGUAAAUAUUAAUGGCUUGUUGCGUGUACCAUUUUGUGUGGAGAAAAUAAACAUCAAUGCAUUAAAAUG